AUGAAUUCUAGCCGCUCGAUAUCCGCCGGCACUUGGCUGGUGAGGAAGCUUUGUACGGCGGUUGAGGCUGCGACGGAGUCGGCGCGGAGUCAGCCUGGAAAUCCCACUAGGCUGUACCGGAGGCUAUCGGCUUUGGGAGCCACCGGAGGCAGCGUGGCAAAGACGUUAAAUCAGUACAUUAUGGAGGGAAAAAUGUUGAAGAAGUACGAGCUCGAGAGGUGUAUCAAGGAGCUCCGCAAGUACCGCAAGUUCCAGCAUGCCUUAGAGAUAAUGGAAUGGAUGGAGUUUAGGAAAAUGAAUUACUCGAAAGCUGACUUUGCCAUACGUUUGGAUCUUACGUCCAAAGUGAAAGGGAUAGAGGCAGCUGAGGAUUACUUCAGCGGCCUAUCGCCGUCUUUAAAGGAUCGAUUUACUUAUGGAGCCCUUUUGAACUGUUAUUGCAAGGAACUGAUGGAGGAAAAGGCAUUGGCUCUUUAUGAGACGAUGGAUGAGUUGGAGUUCGCUUCCUCUUCUUUGGUAUUUAACAAUCUCAUGUCUAUGCAUAUGAGAAAGCAGCAACCAGAGAAAGUGGCUCCUUUAGUGCAAGAAAUGAAGCAGAGGAACAUCCCUCUGGACACAUUUACGUAUAACAUCUGGAUGCAGAGCUUUGCGUCUUUAAACGAUUUUGAAGGAGUAGAAAGAGUCCUGGACGAGAUGCAAAAACAAGAUGGAAACCAAUGCAGUUGGUCAACAUAUAGUAACCUGGCUGCGAUUUAUGUAAAGGCUAAGAUUUUUGACAAGGCUGAGCUAGCCCUUAAAAAGUCGGAGGAAAUGAUGAAACCCCUGAAGCAGCGCAAUACAUACCAUUUCUUGAUUAGCCUCUAUGCCUGCACUUCUAAUCUAGGUGAGGUCAAAAGGGUAUGGGAAUCCCUCAAGAAAGCUUUCCCAGCAACCAACAAUAUGAGCUAUCUUAUCAUGCUUCAGGCCCUCUGUAAGCUAAACGAUAUUGAGGGCUUGAAAGAAUGUUUUGAGGAAUGGGAGUGCAAAUGCUCCAGUUAUGAUAUGCGACUGGCAAAUACUGCUAUACGUGGUUACCUCAGUCAGGACAUGUAUGAAGAAGCUGCAUUGGUCUUUGCAGAUGCCUGUAAGAGGACUAAAGGGCCUUUCUUUAAGGCUCGGGAAAUGUUCAUGCUUUACUUCUUGAAGAACUGUCAGGUGGAUUUGGCUGUUAGCUAUUUGGGAGCGGCUGUUUCAGAAACCGUGGAUGAGGAAUGGCAUCCAUCCCCAGAUACCACAAGUGCAUUUUUUAAGUAUUUUGAAGAAGAGAAAGAUGUUGAAAGUGCUGAGAACUUUUGCAAGAUUCUGAAGCGUCUAAAUUGCCUCUGUUCCAAUGAGUAUUAUUUGUUGCUUAAGACUUACAUAGCUGCUGGAAAAUUGGAUCCUGAGAUGCGUCAAAGAUUGAAGGAAGAAGAUAUUGAAAUAAGCCCCGAGCUUGAGAGUUUGCUUGAAAGGGUUUCCCCUGAGUAG